CCAAAAUCGAUUCACCUCAACGGAUGGGCUGGUGCUCUCCGUCUUCUACAAAGCAAGCGGCGACGACGCUGCUCCUCUUCUCCAUUGGAGUAGCCCUAUUUUCUGCAGGCGUCCACCUCUCCUACGUUAACGUCGAACCCCAGCGGGAACGUACCCUAGCUCGUGACGAGUUCGUCCGCGAAUACCUCCGCAAGAAAUACGGCUACGGCCGCUAGUUUUCCACCCCUAAAGACAACAUACUCCCAUGGCGCUCCUCCAGGCUUCCAAACCCGUCGGAUCCCCUCUGAUUGCUGAAGUUGACAUGGGAGGCGGUUCCGAUCCCUCUGUUGUCAUGGUCCGCGCUACCGUCGUCCAGGCUUCCACCGUCUUCUACGACACCCCAGCGACUAUUGAUAAAGCUGAUAGGCUCGUUGCUGAGGCUGCUUCUUAUGGUUCUCAAUUGGUUGUAUUUCCAGAAGCAUUUAUCGGCGGCUAUCCACGUGGAUCUACGUUUGGUGUCACCAUUGGUAGCCGCUCAGCUAAGGGAAAUGAAGAGUUUCGGAAGUACCAUGCUGCAGCCAUUGAUGUGCCAGGUCCUGAAGUUGACCGCAUAGCAGCGAUUGCAGGAAAGUACAAGGUUUUCAUAGUUAUGGGUGUGAUUGAAAGAGCAGGGUAUACACUUUAUUGUACGGUUCUCUUUUUUGAUCCUCAUGGUCAGUACCUUGGGAAACACCGCAAACUCAUGCCCACGGCUAUGGAGCGUGUUAUCUGGGGUUUUGGGGAUGGAUCCACUAUUCCUGUGUACGAAACUCCAAUUGGAAGAAUUGGCGCUCUCAUUUGUUGGGAGAACAGGAUGCCCCUCUUGAGAACUGCAUUGUAUGGUAAAGGCAUUGAAAUAUAUUGUGCUCCCACAGCUGAUGCCAGGGAGCUAUGGCAGGCAUCAAUGACCCACAUCGCACUUGAGGGUGGAUGCUUCGUUCUCUCAGCAAAUCAGUUCUGCCGCAGGAAGGACUACCCUUCCCCACCUGAAUAUGAAUUUGCCGGUGUUGAUGGGGAGCCCUCUCCUGAUUCUGUAGUGUGCGCUGGAGGCAGCGUGAUUAUAUCUCCAUCCGGAGUCGUCUUGGCAGGUCCAAAUUAUGAAGGAGAAGCCCUCAUCACUGCUGACUUAGAUCUCGCCGAAAUAGUUCAUGCCAAGUUUGCUUUCGAUGUGGUUGGGCAUUAUUCCAGGCCUGAGGUGCUGUGCCUGACGGUAAAAGACCAUCCCCAGCAGCCAGUUCUCUUCACUUCUGCUGCCAAGAAGGAAAGCGAGCAGAAAUCAUAAGAAGCCACUGGAAUAUAAGGUUAGCCUUGUUAUCCUGAACCUCUUCAUUCUCUGAUGACAAAUACUAAAGCUUUUGAACAUUUAGAAUGUACAAAACGAUCUUAUUGAAUUAUUUCUGAUGUACGAGAAGUUGGAUUUUCAUUCGGAAAAGCAAAA